CUAGUUCUCUCUCUCAAAAACUCCAGCUACCUCACUCUCCCCUAAUUUUACAAAACCUCAGCCACCAACCAAAACCCCACUUCACUACUUUGCAACUUCUGAUUCUGUCAACCAAUUCGAUUCUCGCCUCCGGUCGGAUCAAAGAUGGCGGGAAAGUCGAAUAAGGGAAAGAACCGUAAAGGGUCGCAGCAAAGUGUUGUGAAUCCAACAGAACUGCCUGUCUCUUCCGAUGCUCCCUUAGGUAAUAGCUCCACUGCUUUAGAGGCUAAUGGAGGUAAAAGCUUGAGUGAAACAAUUGAAGCAAAUCCGGAGGUGAAGGAAGUAGAUGGUGCAUCUGAGCAGCCUCAAGGGAAGCAAGCUGAGGUUCAUUUAUAUCCUGUUCCUGUGAGAACACAAGGAGGAGAGAAGCUCGAGUUGCAAUUAAGUCCAGGAGAUUCUGUAAUGGAUGUUAGGCAGUUUCUUCUUGAUGCCCCAGAGACAUGUUUUAUGACUUGCUAUGACUUGUUACUGCACACAAAAGAAGGUUCCGCUCAUCAUCUUGAAGAUUACAAUGAGAUCUCUGAGGUUGCAGACAUUACUUCUGGUAGCUGCUUCUUGGAAAUGGUUGCUGCAUUAUAUGAUGAUAGAUCCAUCAGAGCUCAUGUUCAUCGAACAAGGGAGCUACUUUCUCUUUUGACCUUGCAUUCUUCAUUAUCGACAACACUUGCACUACAACAUGAAACUGGCCAAAAUGCAGCUAAUAAUAAAGCAGAUGCUGUGAAAGCUGAAGUGCCAGAACUCGAAAACUUGGGUUUUAUGGAGAAUGUUACCAGUUCACUCAAUAGUUUGCUGUCAUCUCCUUCCAAAGAGAUCAAAUGUGUUGAAAGCAUUGUAUUCUCUUCGUUUAAUCCACCUCCAAGCUACAGAAGGCUUUCGGGCGACUUGAUUUAUUUGGAUGUGGCAACACUGGAAGGAAAUAAAUAUUGCGUUACAGGAACAACAAAAACUUUCUAUGUUAACUCCAGCGCUGGGAAUAUUCUCGACCCAAGGCCAAACAAAGCUGCAACAGAAGCAACAACGCUUGUUGGUCUUCUGCAAAAGAUUAGUCCUAAGUUCAAAAAAGCUUUCCGGGAAAUUUUGGAGAGAAAGGCCUCAGCACAUCCCUUUGAAAAUGUUCAAUCUCUGUUGCCUCCAAAUACGUGGCUUGGUCUGUAUCCUCUCCCAGAACACAAACGUGAUGCAGCUAGAGCGGAAAACUCUCUGACGCUUUCUUUUGGAAGUGAAUUGAUUGGCAUGCAAAGAGAUUGGAAUGAAGAGUUACAGGCUUGCUGGGAAUUCCCACAUGCUACCCAUCAGGAAAGAAUACUAAGAGAUAGAGCUCUUUACAAAGUUAUUACUGAUUUUGUCGAUGCUGCAACUAGCGGUGCUAUUGGAGUGAUUAGCAGAUGCAUCCCACCCAUUAAUCCAACAGAUCCAGAAUGCUUUCACAUGUAUGUCCAUAACAACAUAUUCUUCAGUUUUGCUGUUGAUGCGGACCUUGAGCAGUUGGCCCAAAGGCGGGCAAAUGAGGAAAUUUUGUCACAGGCAGGUUUGAGUGGAUCUUCUGUUCCACUUGCAGGAACUGUAAAUGGCACUCAGACUUCCCCCGAUGUGCCUGCAGAGGCACAGUUGCCUGAAAGUGAGCAAGCCACAUAUGCAAGUGCUAAUAAUGAUUUAAAAGGCACAAAGGCCUUCCAGGAAGCUGAUGUUCCUGGAUUAUACAAUCUUGCUAUGGCCAUAAUUGAUUACAGAGGUCACAGGGUGGUAGCACAGAGUGUGUUGCCUGGAAUCCUCCAAGGUGAUAAAUCAGACUCCCUUCUAUAUGGUUCUGUUGACAAUGGCAAGAAAAUUUGCUGGAGCGAAGAUUUUCAUACCAAGGUACUGGAAGCUUCUAAACGCCUUCAUCUAAAGGAGCACACUGUGCUUGACGGAUCUGGUAAUGCUGUCAAGCUAGCUGCUCCGGUUGAGUGUAAGGGCAUUGUUGGCAGCGAUGACAGGCACUAUCUUCUAGAUUUGAUGAGGGUCACUCCUCGUGAUGCAAACUUCAGCGGCCCUGAUUCCAGAUUUUGUAUUUUGAGGCAAGAACUUAUAACUGCCUUUUGCCAUGCUGAGGCAGGUGAUAAAUUAAGCUCUGGAUGUGAAUCACAUGAAGAGAAUACUGUCACUUCAGAUUCUUUGGGUGCCAACAAUGAAGAAGAAUCUUUGAAAUCUGAGGAAAAUGCAUUAUCAGCGACAAGUGAUGCACAGUUACAGGAUACCGGAGAUGGUGUAAAGCAGAAUAUUCAAGAAUGUGGUUGCCACUCCAAUAAAAAAGAUGCAACCAAGGACAUACUGUUCAAUCCUAAUGUCUUUACUGAAUUUAAGCUAGCUGGGAAUCCUGAGGAGAUAGCUGCAGAUGAGGAAAAUGUGCGGAAAGCAAGUUUAUAUCUUAAAGAGGUUGCCUUGCCUAAAUUCAUACAUGAUCUUUGCACCCUUGAAGUUUCACCUAUGGAUGGACAAACUUUGACUGAAGCACUUCAUGCACAUGGCAUUAAUGUUCGGUAUAUCGGAAAGGUAGCUGAAGGGACUAGACACAUGCCUCAUAUGUGGGAUCUUUGUUCCAAUGAGAUUGUCAUCAGAUCUGCUAAGCAUGUUAUCAAGGAUGCCUUAAGAGACACAGAAGAUCACGAUAUUGCGCAUGCAAUCUCACAUUUUCUCAACUGUUUUGCUGGAAUGGUUCAGGUCGUUUCUGCCAAAGGUGUUGCAAACAGUCUGCACACUAAAAGCCACAAAAAGGGUCAAUCAGGUCAUCAUGCUUCAGGAAAGUCUUCAAAAGCACAAGCUAAGUCAAAAAGUGGAAGCUAUGUGAAAAAGAAGCAGUCCUUGUUUUUGAGCUUUACCACAGAAAGUUUGUGGGCUGAUAUUCAGGAAUUUGCAAAACUCAAAUACCAGUUUGAGUUGCCGGAGGAUGCAAGGAACCAGGUGAAGAAAAUUUCAGUAAUACGAAAUCUUUGCCAAAAGGUUGGAAUGACCAUUGCUGCUCGCAAGUAUGAUUUCAGUGCUGCCACACCUUUCCAAGUUUCAGAUAUACUGAAUGUGCAACCAGUGGUAAAACAUUCUAUUCCAAUCUGUUCAGAAGCUAAAGAUCUCGUUGAAACUGGCAAAGUUCAACUAGGAGAGGGAAUGCUUAGUGAGGCAUAUGUAAUAUUUUCAGAAGCUUUCACAAUUCUUCAGCAGGUUACUGGUCCGAUGCAUCGAGAGGUUGCAAACUGUUGCAGGUACUUGGCUAUGGUCUUGUAUCACGCUGGAGACAUGGCUGGAGCGAUAAUGCAACAGCACAAGGAACUUAUAAUAAAUGAACGCUGCCUCGGAUUGGACCACCCUGAUACUGCUCACAGUUAUGGGAACAUGGCUCUCUUCUACCAUGGUCUUAACCAGACAGAACUUGCAUUGCGUCAUAUGUCACGGGCAUUACUUCUUUUAGGUUUAUCUUCUGGUCCAGAUCACCCUGAUGUUGCUGCUACUUUCAUAAAUGUCGCCAUGAUGUACCAAGAUAUCGGGAAGAUGGAUACGGCCCUCAGGUACUUGCAAGAGGCACUGAAAAAGAAUGAAAGACUGCUAGGAGAGGAACAUAUUCAAACUGCAGUGUGUUAUCACGCUUUGGCAAUUGCAUUCAACUGUAUGGGAGCCUUUAAGCUUUCUCACCAGCACGAAAAGAAAACAUAUGAUAUUCUUCUCAAACAACUUGGUGAGGACGAUUCUCGUACGAAGGAUUCUCAGAACUGGAUGAAAACUUUCAAGAUGCGUGAACUGCAAGUGAAUGCACAAAAGCAGAAAGGACAGGCUUUGAAUCCAACUUCGGCUCAGAAGGCUAUUGAUAUAAUUAAGGCCCAUCCAGACCUGCUACAAGCAUUUCAAGCUGCUGCAGUUGCUGGGAGUUCUAGUAAUGCUAAUGUUGCUGGAAAGAAAGCUUUCAAUGGUGUUGGGGUUGGUGAAAGCUUUCCUCGGGCGAGGGGUUUGGAUGAAAGAGCAAAGAAGAAAGCAGCAGCAAAGGCUCUUUUAGUGCGCAGGCAUGGUAGUCCUGCACAGGCUUCACCAUCCGGACCGCCACCACCACCACCACCAUCUGAUGGUGCUGUAAACGAGGCCGCAAAUGGUGGGAAGAAAGAAACCAACCAAACCUCAAACGGAGUUUUAAGUUCAGAAGGUCAUGAUACCAAGUCUGGUCAGCAAGAUCAGGGUCCGGUUGGAUUAGGCACGGGCUUGGCUGCUUUGGAUGCCAAGAAGCUGAAAACGAAAUCCAAAGCGAAAGCGGCAUCAGCAGCUGCCGAGUCAUCUAACUGAGCCUGGCUACAUUUCGAUUAUUUUUGUUAGGUGUAGUUUUUGGUCAGCCUGAAUUUUCACACCAGCAAUUGAGUUAUACAUUCUGCUUUGAAGCAUGACCAGUUUACGGGUACAUUUGAAACUCUUCCAAAGUUUAAUAAAUAUGCUAUGAAAGUUUUGCAUCUAGAGAGGAUUGAUUUCUCAGCAGUUGUUUGAGAAAUGUAAGUAUUUAUCUGUAAUGAAAUUAUUUAUGGAAUUCUUCGAUAAUCUUGGAAGUCCAUAUCUUCUAUUUACUAUUAGAAUGAAGAGAUUGAAUGAAAUACGUAUUUUUGGAGAUCA